AUGCCCUGCGAAGGCUGCACCUGCGGUCGAGCCGAAGCUGCCCCAACCGGUCGCGUCGAAGCUGGCGACUUGUAUGCCCUCCGUGGCUCGCGUUCAUUCACUGCUCCGGCCGAAUGGAUCGAGCCCGUAGAGGGGAUCGAGCCGGCCGUCCCGCUCAGGUCCAAGAAGUGGUUCAAUGAGCCGGGAGACGAUAUGGUCGGAUGCUAUGUCGAGCGCUACCUGAACGGCGGUCUCACCUCUGGUGAGAUCAUCGCAAGACGCAAGCCCAUCAUCGGUAUCGCCCAGACCGGGUCAGACCUCGCUCCCUGCAACUCACACCACGUCGUUCUCGCCAAGCGGGUCCGAGAUGGUAUUCUCGCUGCUGGUGGGACACCUUUCGAGUUCCCUUGUCAUCCCAUCCAAGAGACCGGGAAGCGGCCGACAGCAAGUCUCGACCGGAACUUGGCAUAUCUCAGUCUGGUGGAGGUGCUUUAUGGCUACCCGCUGGACGGCGUGGUCCUCUUGACUGGUUGCGACAAGACUACUCCCGCUCUCCUUAUGGCGGCUGCUACUGUGAACAUCCCAGCGAUAGCUAUGAACGUCGGGCCCAUGCUGAACGGCUAUGCUGGCAACAACCUCGUCGGUUCCGGCACUGUAGUAUGGGACGCCCGCAAGGCGCUCUCUGAAGGGCGCAUCACCGACGCCGAGAUGCUCCGCUUCGUGUCUACCUCUGCCCCAAGUGUCGGCCACUGCAACACCAUGGGUACCGCGUCCACCAUGAAUGCCCUCUCAGAAGCCCUCGGUAUGGCUCUCCCGGGCUCCUCCUCCAUUCCCGCCGUCUACCGCGAGCGUGGCGCAUGCGCAUACCAGACCGGAACCCGUAUCGUCGACCUGGUCAUGCAAGACGUCAAGCCAUCCGACAUCAUGACUCGCGGCGCGUUCGAGAAUGCUAUCGCUGCGUGUACGGCUAUUGGCGGAUCGACCAAUGCGCCCAUCCACAUCAAUGCUAUUGCCAAGCACAUCGGUGUUGAGUUGGACUGCGAUGAUUGGCAAAAGGUCGGGCAUGACUUGCCGCUGCUGGUCAACAUCCAGCCGGCAGGCAAGUACCUGUGCGAGGAGUAUCAUCGCGCCGGAGGUCUACCAGCGGUCAUCGCGGAACUCCUCAAAGCGGGCAAACUUCCCGCUCCCGACGCAAUGACGGUCUCUGGCAAAUCCAUCGGCGACAACUGCAGGGACGACUUUGCCAACGAUCCGCGCGUCAUCAUGCCCUUCGACAAGCCCCUCAUGGCCCAGGCCGGAUUUGUUCACCUCAAGGGCAGUCUCUUCGACAGCGGUAUCAUGAAGACCUCGGUCAUCUCUCCUGCCUUCCGCAAGCAGUUCCUUGAGAACCCCAAUGACCCCAUGGCGUUCGAGGGGCCCGUGGCGGUCUUUGAGGGGCCAGAGGACUAUCAUCACCGGAUCGAAAACGAUGAAAGUAUCCACGAGGGUACGAUUCUGAUCAUGCGGGGUGCGGGACCGAUAGGAUAUCCGGGAGCGGCGGAGGUGGUCAACAUGAUCCCGCCUGGGCGGCUGAUCAAGAAGGGUAUCGAGCUCCCCUGUAUCGGUGACGGCCGCCAAUCUGGAACAUCCGGCUCCCCCUCCAUCCUCAACGCAUCCCCUGAAGCAGCUACCGGCGGCAUGCUCGGUUAUCUCAAGGAUGGCGAUGUCGUCCGUAUCGAUCUCCUCAAGCAUCGGGCGGAUGUCAAGAUCUCAACAGAGGAGAUUGAGAAGCGAAAGAAGGAGAUGGGGCCAUUCAAGUUCCCGCCGAGUCAGACGCCGUGGCAGGAGAUCUUUAGGAAGGAGGUGGGCGAGUUGAGUGAGGGGAUGGUCUUGAAUGGGGCGGUCAAGUAUCAGCGGAUUGCGCAGACAUUUGGGGUACCGAGGAGGAACCACUAG